GUCGAUGUAAAUUUGGAUCUAUAUGUAGCAGAUUGUUACAAUGAUCGGGUUCAGUUGUUCCAGCCAGAAGAAUCAAAUGGCAUUACAGUGGCUGGAAGUGGAUCACUAAAUCCAACAAUUACACUUGAUUGUCCCAGUGGAAUUAUAUUAGAUGCUGAGAAGUACUUAUUCAUUGUGGACAGGAACAAUGAUCGCAUUGUUGGUUCAGGCUUGAAUGGUUUUCGAUGUUUGGUUGGAUGUUAUGGAAGUGGUAAAAAAUCCAAUCAAUUGAAUUUUCCAUUCAGUUUUAGUUUCGAUCAUUUUGGAAACAUAUUUGUUACUGAUCAAUUAAAUCAUCGAAUUCAAAAGUUUCAAUAUAUCGAAGAUUCAUGUGUGAAUACUUCGUCAGUUGUUCAAACAACUUAUGCAUCAAAAUUGACAACGAACAGUUCAAUGUAUUCACCUAGUUGUUCAAGUAGAAGUUCUUACUAUGAAGCGAUACAAGUGAAUGUUCAUAGAAGUGGUCUUUACACUUUCUUGAGCAAAAGCAAUAUGACCACAUACGGCUCUAUUUACAAAGAUCAUUUUAAUCCAUCCAAUCCACUGGAAAAUCGACUCGAUAAGAGUUUCGCCGGCUGUGAUCGACGUCAGCUUAGUUUGAGACUUACUCUUGGGACUAGUGUUACAUAUAUAUUGGUUGUGACAACAUUUUCCCCAAACGUAACAGGUGAUUUCUCAAUCUUUAUAUCCGGUCCAAAUAAUGUUGAUCUCAAAAAUAUUAGUACUCGAUCAGUCAUCCAAAUACCAUAUUCAUCAGCUGUACAAUCGAACUAUUCAUCAGAGCUGAAUAUGAGUAGUCAAACAUAUUCUCGAGAUUGUGGAAAAUCAAAAUAUUACUAUCAAACUAUACGAGUGAAUGUAGUAGAAACUGGAUAUUAUGCUCUAAGUAGUCUUAGCAGUAUGGAUACAUUUGGUGAUAUUUAUAAAGAUGAUUUUAAUCCAAUGAACCCUUUUGAGAAUCUACUCUCACAAGAUUUUUGGAAAUGUAUUUGGAACGAUUUUACUCUUGUUGCUAAACUUCACAGUGGCACUACAUACAUAUUAGUGGUGACAACAGCUUCUCCAAAUGUAACAGGAAACUUUUUCAUUGCGAUGUCUGGUCCAAAUAAUAUCACUCUUGAUCCUUACACUCAAAGUCUAACCAGCUGUUUCAUUGGUCAAGAAUGUCAGUUUUACAAAAAAAGUAUUGGUGUCACUCUCGAUGAUAUUUUACGUGACGAAAUUCGACCGAACAUGACAUUGACUGAUCAAACAAUAUUAAUGAAAAUCAACGCUGCUUCGACGAUGAUUAUGUUUGUCGGAGGUUUAAUCAAUAGUAUUUUAUCUAUAUUAACAUUUCAAAAUAAAGAUUUACGACAAGUUGGAUGUGGCAUUUAUCUCUUAGCAUCAUCAAUUACUUCUUUUCUUACAAUUAGCAUGUUUACAGUGAAGUUUUGGUUUGUUGUUCUCACUCAAAUGGAUCUAUCGAUUCGUCUUUCUGUUGUUCGAGGUGGUUGUGUAUCGAUCGAACCUCUUCUCAAGCUUUGUCUUUAUUUGGAUGCUUGGCUCAAUGCUUGUGUAGCUAUUGACAGAGCGAUCCUCGUUUUUAAAGGAAUCAAAUUCAAUAAACAAAAAAGUCAACAUAUUGCUCGAUGGAUAAUUCUCAUCUUACCAUUCUGUAUCAUGAGUUCAAUCAUUCACGAACCUAUAUAUCGAGAACUAUAUGAGGUAAAUACAGAGACGAACAAAGUUGAUAUCGCUAGAUGGUGUUUAACUCGUUAUUCUCCUUCUAUUCAACAAUACAAUACAAUCAUCUUAUUUUUUCAUCUUGUCGCCCCAUGUAUUAUCAAUCUUUGUUCUGCUUUGUUCAUCAUAUUUGGAUCAGCCCAACAACGAUCAACAGCUCAAACAAGACAAACUCUAAGAGAACAUGUUUAUAAUCAAUUUAAUGAACACAAACAAUUAUUGAUUAGCCCAGUUAUUCUCCUGAUUCUGUCUUUACCUCGUCUGAUUAUGUCAAUAUUAUCUGAAUGUGUCAAUCCAUCUAACCAUCGAUUAUUAUUUAUUUUUGGUUAUUUCAUUUCAUUUACUCCAUCGAUGCUUAUCUUCAUUGUGUUUGUCCUUCCUUCGGAAUUAUAUAGAAAAACAUUUCAAGAACCAUUCAAACGAUGGCGACGACUAAUUCAUCAAUAA